AUGGCCCGUGGUAUUCAUUCUGGUGCUUUGCUUACUAACAUUAUAAUAGAACUUGGUUCAUUUUCUAAUUCAAACUGCAAUAUGGAACUAGAAGUGCUCAAAAACUUUAAUCACCAAAUUUAUAUUCAACAAAUUAAAGCAAAAGCCUAUCAUUACUUGUCUCAGAAUUUCUUAUCAUCCUUAGAUUUGAUUACUCAAACUAAUAUUGAAAAAACUAGAACUUUGAGUCACUAUAAUUUUACAGUUCAAGAGACGUUAGAUUUUCAUGCAAUGUCUAGUAGAUUAAUCGAUUAUAUUGUAACUGGCUCAGAACAGUUUUCUG